AUGCCUGAUCCAGAGCUGUCACAGUUUACCACUGUUUUCCGCGCGUCCGAACCUCGCCGCACCAGACGAGGUCGGCAGCCCCUAUCAUGCACAUCCUGCCAAAAGCGCAAGUCGCGAUGUGAUAGACGGCAGCCAUGUAGCGCCUGCGAGAAGAGAGGCGACAUCGCCUCGUGCAAGUUCGGGCCGCCUGGCGCCGCGGAAUCUACUCGGGGGCGGCGGCAGGAGAUGCAGUCCCGGCUGGCCAAGCUGGAGGAGAUGGUGAGAGGUUUGGCCGAUGAGUCUGCGAGGCUGAAGAGCGGCUCGGAUCACAGCGAACCGCUCUCUAGGAACCAGACCUCUGCAGUCCCUCUGGCCAACACCGACUUCAUCCAAAGUGGUGGUAGCUCUGGCAGCAGCUCGGAGUCUAGGUUUCUGGGCCCGACGAGUUGGGAGGCGUUGGUCGAGAGCAUUCAUGAUAUCAAGUCCAUCCUGGAGGCAGAGCAAGAUGGAUGGGAUGAAGACAGGCAGAAUGAAGACGAGGCGCCCCAGCCAGAAGACAAUGAUAUCAUCUUUGGGGACGUCGAGCCCGUGACGAUCACCGAGGUGCUCGACAUGCUUCCCUCUCGUCAGGACACAGACCGGGCCAUCGGCGCCUAUUUCAAUGCCAAGUUCAUUGCGGUGCCAUUCAUCCAUACAAAUCAUUUUAGGAGGACAUACGAGGCUUUCUGGGACAAGCCGACCUCCUCCAACCUUCUCUGGAUCAGCAUUCUGCUUUGCAUUGUCAGUGUGGGAACCAUGGUCCUCAGACUCAAGAGCAACACCCCAACUUCCCCGGAAGCCAUUGGCCGCUCCCGGGCCUACAUGUCCAUGGCAGCCCGGUGCCUUGUUAGCGGGAGAUACCUGAAAGCAAAGGUGUACUCUGUGGAAGCCAUGCUGAUGUAUGCCCACGCCCGCAACGCCCAGAAGGUAGAUGCGGAUCCAAUCGUCUGGCAGCUCUACGGGCUUGCAAUCCGCGUCGCCCAGAGACGUGGAUACCACCGCGAUCCCAUCAAGGCCUCGUUCAAACUAAGCCCCUUCGAGGCUGAGAUGAGGCGCCGAGUUUGGUUUACCCUGCGCUCAUACGACAUGCUUGCCUCAUAUCAGCAAGGCAUGCCUAACAUGGUACAUGAGGAUGGCCACGACACGGAUCACCCGAUGAAUCUGACUGAUGACGACUUUGACGAAGACAGCGUGGUCUUGAACCCCAGGCCAGUCAUCGACCCAUUCCCCAUAACCUUUUACGUUCAAAAGUCGAAACUCCUACCAAUGAUCCGCCGGGUCAUGAGCCAUGCCCUGGGCAUCAAGCCAUUGACAUUCCUACAGGCACAAGGAAUCGCUGGAGAGCUGGGCGAAUGGCACACGACCAUGCCGCCCUGUCUACGAUAUCGUAGUUUCCGCGAAACAUCCUUCACAGACCCCAACUACACCAUCAUGCACAGGAUCAUGCUGGAACUACUGUACCGGAUCAGCAUGUGCAAUCUAUUCCGCCCAUUCAUCGUCGACGCCAGUCCUUCUGCAAGAGCGACGACCGGCAAGCGCGCAAUCGAACUCUGCCGCGACGCAGCACUGGGCAUGUUACAGAUCCACAUCGAGAUCGAUCGCGAGAUCCAGCCCGGCGGCAGGUUCUUCGAGGAGCGGUACAUGGUCUCCAGCCUCUCCCUCCACGACUUCCUGGUGGCCUCCAUGACGCUGUGCAUCGAGUUGACCCAGUUCACCCACCUCAGCGCCGAGGAAAGGGCAGACCGCAUUGCCAUCCUCUGGACAUCAUACCGGAUGUGGCUGGCGAGGAGCAAGGACUCCGCAGACGCCCUGCAUGGGUCGAAAGUCCUCCGGGCCAUCCUCACCCGGAUUGACACGACCAGCCCGUCGUCCGGUCCCGCAUCGUCGUCAGCCCGCACGCUGCAGUCUGACAACGACACCACCAUGACCCAGUCGAGCCAGGAGCUGGCCUCCGAGCUUGGGAUCUCGGAGGCCAACUUCACGAAUAUGCUUAAUUUCGAUGACCUGCCGUCCCUUGAGACCGUCUUUGCCAACAACAACGAGACCACAUAUUGGGGUUCCAUGGACCGGUAUCUGCGUCAAGAUACGUCGGUAGAAGUCUGCCUCGAUUUGCCAUACCUUGAUCUUGGGAUCGGCAAGUCUGGGGGUGUGUGA